UGCUGUUAGUCAUUCGCAGCAAAUACGUCGAGCCGACAGGAAGCAGCCAAAGGAGCGCUCAACGUUGCCAACGUUUCAAUUUGUUGUUAAGUUUUGCUUAGUUCUUCAACUCUUUGUUCCUCCCGUUCACCGUUCACCGUUCACCGUUCACCAUUCACCGUUCUCCGUUCAUCAUUCACCGUUCAUCGUUCAUCGUUGUCCAUUCACCGUUUACCGAUCCCCGUUUCCGUUUAUCGUUCCAAUCCAGUUCUUAAAGCGCGUUCAAGUUUCAGUUUAUCAUCAUUUCGUUGAUACGCGGAACAGUGCAAUGGCCAGUGUUGCCAACCAUCAGCCGGCAGGAGCCAACCACAGCCACCACGCCCACACACACAGCAUUCAGCUGCUGCACAAUGCAACGGCUGGCGGACUGCCUCACGGCCUGGGGCUGCUGACCACAGUGGCCUCGCUGCCGCCCAAGUAUCGCAGCCGUUAUCUGAACAUUAAAACCAAGUGUGAAAUUCCACUGGAUCUGUCUGUGAAACCGCCAUCGCCAGUGCCGGGCGGUGAUGUGCCAAUGGCGACCGCACUCGCCGAGGUUCCCAGCGAGCCAACAGAGGCGGCGACUGCAGCCACCGAGCUGAUGGAGCUGGCGCAGGAGGUGGCGCACGAGGAGGUCGUCACUACAGAGAAGGCCAUGACACCGCCACAAAGUCCAGUUGCAGAUCCCGUUCCAGUUGAAAUGGCAGUGGCUUCACUCAAGCGCAAGCUGAGCGAACAAAGCGAAUGCCUGCCCGCUGCCAAAUUGGCCAAAUCAGACGUGAGUCCCGUCGCGCCCGUAGAUGCCACGCCCGCCAAGCCCAUUAAGGUCUCGGACACGGCGCCGCGAACCAGUAAAGCAUCCACGUCGAGUGGCAAAUCGACGCGCAAUAAGGCAACGCGCAAGCUAAAGUUCGACGAGGAGACCAGCUCGCCCGUCUCGGGGACCAUAAUCAGGCCACUCGAGGACAUCACCGAUGGCACGAUGCAGUACAGCAACGGCGACAUCGAUCCCAAGUACAAUAUUGUCGAGAUUACCGAGGAGACCAAGGCGGAGCUGGCGGCCAUUAAGAACGUAAUUGGUGACUAUGUGUGCCGGCUGUGCCGCAUCAAAUUCGACGAUGCCUUCGGCCUGGCGCGCCAUCGCUGCGCCUGCAUCGUGCUGCUCGAGUACCGUUGCCCGGAGUGCGGCAAGCAGUUCAAUUGCCCCGCCAACCUGGCUUCGCAUCGGCGCUGGCACAAGCCCAAGAAGGAGGCGGCCGCUGCCAAGAAGGAGAACCGCAACACCAGCAACCAGGAGCAGCAGCACCAACAGCCCACCGCCUCCAAGAAGCCAGCCGAGUCAGCCGAGCUCGCCUUCGACUGCGCCGAGUGCGGCAAGAAGUUCAAGCGGGCCGCCUACUUGCGCAAGCAUCAGCUGACGCACGCCAAGAAGACACAGACGCGGCCGGCUGAGCCGGACUCUGAGUCGGAACGACAGCCGGAGGCAGCCACCACGAUAACUGGCAGCUUCCAGACGACGGUCUACAAAUCGAACAGCUCCAGCUCGGCGAGCAGCAGCUCCCACUCCUACACGGGCACGCACGAGGACGAGGGCGUCUACGUGGCUGGAGCGAGCAGCAGCCAUUACGACUACGACGGCGAUUACUUGUCUGACUGCAGCUCCUCGACCUCCUCCGCAGGGUACGGCCGACUGCAGAUCGUGGAGCACGGCCUGACCGAGGAGGAGAGCAUUGCGGCUGCUGCCCUGACGAAUCUCCGCAACUGCGCCUCUGUCAUCCAGCACACGACGAUGGCGCACUGAGUAAGUGGGGGACA